AUGACCCUCUGCGCCAUCUCCCGCACGCGGCUUCCCUGCAGAUUCUCCUGCACCGGCCCUGCUCGACGGAUCCAAGCCUCGCUUUACAGACCGCCUCAUUGCUCGCUGGGUUCUCGCUGUGCCUCCACAAUGGCAUCGGCUGGCGAGGCCGGAAAGCCAGCCCUGCAGAAGCGGUCGGUUGUCUCCUCUUUCCUCUACAAGUUCGUCGACGAGAACGGCGAGCGCAAGGCCAAGGUCGCCUUGUUCAAGCGGAGUGGCCAAGUGCGAACAUAUCAACAUCGCUGGGCAGUGGUCUCUGGCAGCAUUGAUCCCGAGGAUCCUUCGCCUCAGGCGGCAGCCUGGCGAGAAAUCCGCGAAGAGACGACCUUGACUCAGUCUUCCCUGGAGCUCAUGCGCCAGGGCAAGAGUUAUGUCCUGCCUGACGAGUCGAUCGGCAGGGAAUGGACCAUCUACCCAUUCGCUUUUCGUCUCAAGGAGGCAAGUGAAGGUGGAAAGGGCGAGAAUGCCAUCCAACUCGAUUGGGAGCAUGAGACUUGGGCAUGGUACGACCCUUUCGAGGUCGAAGACUCGGAACGAUUCGGCGCGGUCCCACGUCUCGCCGAGAGCUUGCGUCGGGUCUGGUUCGAAAAGGACUUGGGUCCCGAAGCCGGUGCUGCUCUCACGGAGGGGCUUGAAAGGCUCAAGACCGAUUAUGCAAGUGGAGCUCGUCAACUCGCCGGCAAUGCUCUCGAGAUAUUGAGCGACAUUGUCGCGAAGAUGGACACCCAUCAGCCACAUGAACAGUGGUGGACUCGUGUCCGGUUUGCCUCAUGGCAUAUCUGGAAGAACGGCCGUGAAUCAAUGGGUGCAGCUAUCCUCAGUGCCCUGCUGUCUGCUCUCACAGGCAUCGAGAGGAGGAUCCGACAGCUUGAGGGCAAACCGGUGGCCGGUUGGAGGGACGCUGCACUCGAUGAGCUUGAGCGAACGAUCGUUUCCAGGCGAGAUGCGGCCAAGGCAAUUUCCGUGGCCCUCACCAACUUCUUGGGAAAUCAAAUGAUAUCCGAGCCUGGCGGGUCUCGGCGGUCUCGGCUGGUGAAAGUGCUGACAACCUCUGAAAGCUCGACGAUUACAUGUGCUCUUCGCGAAGUUGUUGCGAAUACCGACAUGUCACUGGAUUUGCGCAUUCUGGAGUCACGGCCUUUGUUUGAAGGCGUGUCUCUCGCCAGCCAGCUUUUCAAAGAAGCAUCUCCCCCUCAGGCGUCGACAGAUAAACCUGUCAGCGAGGCUGGGCUGCCUCAUACGGGCUCAGCGCCGAAACUUCUAAUCACGUUGUACACGGAUGCGUCCUCGGCCCUUGCUUCAGAUGAUGUGGACGUUGUCCUGAUAGGUGCGGAUAGGAUCGCGGAAACCGGAGCAGUCAGCAACAAGACAGGCUCGCUGCCUGCGAUCCUCAGCGCUAAGCAUGUCUCGCCAAAAGCAAAGAUAGCCAUCGUAAGCGAGACGGAAAAGGUCGCAACCCCCGGGGCUGCAGGCGCCCAUGUUGUGGAAAACAAUGACCCCGCUCAGCUGAUGCACGCAUGGGCGGCAGACUUCAAUAGCGAGAGAAUCAGGAAUGCCGCGGGUACACUAUCCUCUGGGGGUCGUGCAUCUGCUCAUCAUGACAACAAGAGCGGCAACAGUGCGGCCGACGUGCACGUUAGCAACGUGUCCUUCGAGUGGGUUCCUCCAGACCUGAUCGAUGUCUACAUCACCGAGCGAGGCGAGUUGGCAGUGGAAGACAUAGCGAAGCUUUCGGAGACUCUAGGCACUGAAGAGGAACGAUUUUUUCGGGACAUCUGA